AUGACGGGCGACUAUAAUAAGAUUCGGAGUUACUUGAUGAACUCUCCUCGAGAAAGCUCGCCGUUGUCACGAACGGUUUCAGGAACCAACAUGUCACGAAUGAGCUCAAUUCUGCAGAAUAACCUGGUAGACUCGAGAAAAUAUAAUAGUUCCACGGCAACGUUGAAGUCCUACGAUACGUCAGACGACUCCGAGUGUCUGACGCACUAUGGUCUGAAUGUGCCGGAGGACGACGACGAAACCAUGCGACUGCAGCUGGACAAAUCAUCUCAGUUCUAUUCGACCGAUGUUCGCAAAGAUCUCAACCCAAAGAAACUGCUACCUUACAAGACAGAGUCUAUUAAAGACCAAUAUCGCUAUCUUAGUCAUGUUGUUUCGCAUCUCUAUAUUGCCAUCAAGUCCGAGGAUUUGAAAGGCGCAUUAAGUGUCAGUGUUGCUGAUCUCGAAAAGGCAAGAUCGAUCCUCUUGAGUCAAUCGUCUGAAGAGUAUAAUGACCACUUCUACGAGACAUUGAACCAGACAGAAAGUGAAAGAGAAGACAUGGACACCGACCAGGAGAAUCUCGACGAAGAUGAUUACGACGAAAGUUCUGCAUCUGAAGCCGAAGACGACCAGUUUGCCGCCACUCCUGUUCCAAAUAUCGAGGUGCGAUCCGCCGCCAUCAUCAAUUUGAAGCACUGGACCAAGGAACUGAAAAAUCUGCUGAGAAUGGGUCUCGUGAUCCCUGUUCCUUUGACUAUUGCCCUCGUCAAGGUGUUUUAUGCGCUCAUCCUUUCAAGGGGCCAGGAUAUCAACAUCCAGUUCUACAUUGGGGUUUCGUUCCUGCUUCUCAAGGAGAAAGAUCUUCUAUUUGAAAAGGGACUCAGACUCGAUUGGAGACCUUUCCACGAGGAACUCUCGAGCAUUAUGGCUGACGCAAGUGGCACCUCUCAUUUUACAGACGAGCACAGAUUUGGACAUUUGGUCAAGUUUGCCGGAAAGGUGAACACGUUCUUUGAUGAAGAUAGCGUUCCAGAAAUCAUGGCUAAGAUUAUGGCCAGAUACAACAACCAGUCAGUUUCCAUCUCAUUUGUCCAGAUGGCCGUUUUGAUUCCAAUUGUGCUCAAGAAGCCAGUUGUGAAAGACGGCAUCGUUUCCUACGAUGAAAAGGAUAUCAGACACUAUCUGCCGUUCUUCUUCUCCUGUUGGACCUCGCAACGUUUGACUCCAGAAAUCUCUUCCUUGGUGACUGUGGUGGCCAACAUUUCAGAUAAAGCACUCAAAGCGCUAUGUAAGGACCCGGAGGUCGCGGUCAUGGGCAAAUACGGUAUCUUCACAGAGCCCCAGUUCAAGUUCAUCAUGAACCAAUUGUUGUUGACUUCCAGAUCGUUUAGAAAAGACGACCGCAAUUCCCAGUACAUUAAACUGUUGAUCGAAAUCAUCAUCAACUCCAUGACUUCCAAACAGGCUUUGGAGGAAGACGGGAUCUUCGAUCUAUUGAAAACGUUCUGGAGAGCACUGCAUACAUUGAUUCAUCCAUCCAACACUGGUGCUUGGUCGGCGCUGUUAUCACAGGCCGUUAAGAGAAUGGCCAUAGUGUUCCAUAUCAGACUCCUUGAAGAGCGUCAAGAUAAGUCCUUAUCUCAUUCAUAUUUGGACGAUUACUCAAAGCUUCCCGAAGAUAUCAAGCUGUCUCCAAAACUUACCGACGAGUUCAUUGACAUCUUGCUGCCACUCAUUCAUUUUGGUGUCCAGUCGAAAUCCGUCUCGCAUAGAAAGAGAUACAUCACUGCCCUGGAGAUCUUGGCCUUUAUCAAUCCAAAGAAAAUCCUCGACGAUGUUUUGAUGGAUAUCUACAAUUCCGUUGAGUCGAUCAACUCAACACAUCGUAUUAACGUUGUUUUGCAUGAAUUAUGUGUGUUGGUGAGAUACAUGGCACUACUUCCUGUUUACCGAGUGCAUAUUCCAAGACUAUUGCUGAUGCUUGUUCCAGGAAUCGACUCUAAUGAUCCAGAGAAGACCAUCUUGACUUUAGAGUUUAUCAAAUCCGUGGCUGCUGUUGUUCCGCUAACGGACCUUUCUAAUGGCGCGGGUGACGAUGGACUGAUUGCUUUGGACUUCACUUCCCAGCAGCUGGCUUAUCUGAACUCUAAAUUUUUCAAGAGUUCUCCAAGACAGAUGAUUUUUGAGGAGGAGGUUCCAGACGAGUUCCCUUAUGAUCCAGAGUUUGAACUUGAGGCCUUGAAAUCGAGCUCUUCGUUGUUUUCCGAAUUCAUCAGACAGUUCACAGAAAAGGCAUUCAAGUACCUUGAGUUUUCUCCAAGUUUAGAGGAUGAUGGCCAGAUGGAAACUAAAGCCAGUGUCUUCAUUUCGCAAACAUUCGACUCAUUAACUGAGUCAUUGUCGGACGAAUUGUUCAGACAGUUAGCAGAUGCUUUCUACGAAUACAUCACAAACAAUGUCCAACAUUUGGUGGCUAUUGUGUUCUUCAAUAUUCUCGAGCUGAUCAUCAGAAGAGAUCCAAAGACUCAGUUCCCAAGAUUCUAUCGUUACUUAGUUGAACAGGUGAACGAUGAGAUCGAUAACGGUGCGGGUGCUUCGCGGACUCAGGACGUUCUUGCCAAAGAUGCUCGGUUGACAUGGUACCUGAAACUUUUGUCAGGUACUCUCCUAGGCGCGACUGGGCUAGAUGACACAACGCUCAAGGAAAUCAAGGACCUGAUUUUGUUUAGACUUUCCAAAUUGAAAGGAGAAGCGGCAUUCGCGUCUCUCACCAUCGCAGAAUCUAUUUUGGCUGGAACCACUCUUCCUAGACUGCUGGAACGGCGUCUUAUUUCCAAGUCUUGGAUUAAGAAGAAUGGACCAAUUGACGAAAGAUGUUGGGGUGGAUUCCAGUUCGAUAAGGCCAGGUUUGACAAGGACAACUUGGACUUUUCUUGGUACGUGCCUUCUGCCAAGAAUAUCGAACAGGCUGUUGACUUCUUUGACUUUGUCACUUCUCUUGCAAUAAAUGAAAUCAACCAGUUUGUUCGGAGUUUUGAUGUCAAAGAAGAGAUUUCUUUGGCUGAUUCAGACAGAAUCGAGUUUAAUGUCAACUUGUUGGAGAGCUCUCUGGCUGGUAUUUGCACGUUAUUUGAUCCGAACUUCAGCUCCAAUCCGUUUCACUCAUCCAAACUUGCGUCAACCCCAUUAUCUGCGUCCGCUUCUAUGACCAGUAUAUCUGAAGAUCGGUCAGACGUUGAGAUGGCAGACUCUCCAGAGCCAGAAAACUUGCCUGCUGAUAUUCCAGGAGAAAUUUUGGUUGAACCUGUGAAAGCUAGUCUUCUUGAAGAUCCAGAUUUGGAGGACCAUCAAGAUCAAGAGACCGAAGAGUUUUCAAAACACGACUCUGACCAGUAUAGUACACAAUCAGAGUCUGAGAUCCCUAGCGGAGUUGCCAGUCCUACCACCAUGGUGGCUUCUGAGGGUUUGACAAGCUAUCUUACUGGUGGUCCCCCUGUUCUUUUCUCGUUUGGUUACCAUUUUGAUGGACAGAGUACCCUUUCCAAUCAUUGCAAUCCAACGUACGUGAAACUUCAUCAGGCUAGAGAGAAUAUUGGUAGAUGCUUGCACGAGCUGAUAUCGUGUCUGAUCCAGCAAGACGGUGCUGUUGAUUUGAGUCAGCAAGUGGUUCACUGUAUUCAAUGCUGGUUAGAAAGCUGUGGAAACUUCACCUCCAAGAACCCGAUUUUUAUUGAUCAGAUUCACCUUGUUGACCUACUCAAUAUUCCCCAUGUUAGCUCUCCAUACUCCAGAACAGUCAUUGGAGCCCGUCUUGCAAUCUACCAUUGCAACAGGCUUUCCGUUUCGCGGUCGUCCAGACUGCCAGGAGAAACCGAUAAGUUGUUGAUCAAGGAUCUCGUCACUUUGGCAGCAAGCAGAUACAACGAGACAGCCCAGACUUCAACAAUGGUUCUUGGAUCUGCAUUGAGAAAGAUACUCAACUGUACAAAUCUUGUGUAUGGUAUUUUCAAGGAGUGGGAAGUUGCAUUGCUGAACGACGACAGAGAGCGGUUGAAGAACGUGCUUCGAUUCUUCUUGGUCCGCAAGUUUAAAGGAUUUGCAGAACGGAGUCUCCAUCAUUUCGGCAAGUACGAAGAGCUGCUUGCUCGUUCGAUCGAGGUGAAUGAAUCUGAAGUCAACGCUCUGGCAAUGAAAUUGUACUCAUCCAUCAAGAACCAUAUCAAGGUCCCAAGUGCAGUUUGUAUGAUUGAGAACAAGUUGGUCGAUACCAUCAAGCCUCCAGGCCUAUAUCUCGAAGAACAGGUCAAGUCUUUGAAAUUGGCAAAGGACCACAAACGGUCAAUUAUGCUCGGACGACUCAAACGGUUGGAGUCGAGCGUUCUUCAACGUGCACGGGAAGACUUGUCUUGGAAGUUCAGACUCAAGGUUUUGGGAUUGCUAGCCGAAGUGCAGUCGAAUCUGGAGGUUUCUCUGAGCCCGGAUAUCUUGCUAUUACUGGGAAACUCUGUCAAUGGUAUCCAUCCCGAGAUUACGGAGGAGUGUAUCAUGUGGCUUGCGUCGAUUCUUGAUGCUACGAGAACCAAAUCUAUGAUUUCUUAUGACUUGCGCAAUUUCUUCUCGCUGGAUUUCAGACUGGUCGAUGUUGCUCCUGUUUCUAAGUUUAUUGGCAAAGACAAUCCUGCUGGCUUCUUCAAAGAGAUGGCCAAUUUCAAGGACCCAAAGUUCUUUAUUGACAGCAAAGUUUGGGUGUCCACUUUGUGUUGGAACAACGACAUGGAAGUUGUCACUAACGAGCCAUCCACCAGCUUGAACCUUUCUCCACAUGACACAGAGACCAUUUCAAGCUUUGGCCAGUUGAUCACAAAGGAGUGGAUCCUUCAAACCCUGAAGCUCCAUAUGGACGAGUCUGAGGCCAAUGCCGAUUUCCAACCCGAUCUCGUUUACUAUCUCUCGCUGCUUGUGCACAUUUGUUCUUGCGGAUACACUCCAAACAUGAAGUACCAGGAAUGGCUUGAGAUUUGCGACGAGAUCUACAACAGAGAAGAGAAACAAACACAUGUUGCGUUGGGCGAGCUUUACUGUGCUCUGUUACUUGCUGCAAAGCACAAUCCAAAGUACUUGAAGGAGACGGACCACCAAAUAGCCACCAAAUUGGCAGAGAUCUUCAAGACGGGAAUCACACAGUCAACACACAAGAUCUGGAAAACGUUCUCGUGGUGGCUGCCUGCGCAUUUCGACUGUCGCCGGUGUCCAGAGCUUGUGUCUCUCAUCACCAACUUUGACAUCCCGCGGACGGGUGAUGUUUCUCCGUUCAUCAUCUCGUCGCGGAUUGGGUUCCUGAAAGCGUACAUGUCGUCGAACCUGAACAGGUUCCACGAUUUCGACGGAUUCACUCGCAAGUUCUUCAAGUCGCUGUCGCACCCAUACCAAACGGUUUCCGAAAGAUCUGCUUCCGUGCUAUUUGAUUCUUUCCUGUUCACCUCGUCGUUAUCGUUCCACAACAGCGAACAACUUGUCCAGGCCAACCAAAACGCACCAGGUGGACUCGGACUGGCGCCAUUUGAGAUUUCUCCCGUGUUUGCAGAGUGUCUGCUGGACUACUUAAAGAAAGUUCAGGAACUAAGCAAGACCAUCUCAGGACUUUCUACACAGGAGAUUGUUGAGUCUGAGUACAUGUACCAUGUUCGUGGACUCCACACGUUGCUAUUAUAUGUUUUUAAGACAGCCCAUGGUGUUCUUCUGGUUCCAUACCUAAAAGACUACAUCAUCCCGCACUUAUUUGAACUCGACACCAUGAAAGACGUUUGCCAGUUGGUUCAUCUCAACACCAACGUUAUUUAUUUCCUGAUCGCCUCGAUCCGCUACAACAACGAGCAAACAGAAACAUUCAUUGACCUGAUGAUCAACGACUUUGGUCUCAAGAGUCCAAAUAUGGUCCAGAAGGACCAUCUGUUAACAAUUUUACAAAGCUACUACACAGUGAGAUACAUGACCAUCAGCUCGAAACAGCGGGCCAAACUAAUUGAAAAGGUGGUUUCGUUCUUGUACUUGUCUCCCGUUUCUGUCAAGGAGCAGGCUGCUGCGGUAUUCUCUGCGAUGAUCCACGGCUCGGUUGCCUUUGAGUCCCAGGCCCUGAUCGAGAGCUAUGUCAAGAAAUUCACAAAAAUCAUCAAUUCCCACCGUCGCAUAAAGUCCAAGAAACUCACUAUGGACGAGACUAACCUCGUGCACGGCGCAACUUUGGGACUCGGUGCCCUGCUGAACGCUUUCCCGUACACAUCUCCCCCUCCAAAAUGGCUUCCUAAUGUGCUGUGGAUCCUGGCCGGCAGAUGUUCGACGUACGAAGGUGCCAUUUCCAGGACUGCCAAGUCAAGCCUGUCCAUGUUCAAGAAAACCAGACAGGAUACAUGGCAUAUCGACUCCCAGUUCUUCACCGAAGACCAACUCGAGGAGCUGGAAGGAGUUUCAGGCAAGUCCUAUUAUUUAUGA